GGAUUAGAGGGUUAUCAUGUUAGUGUUGAUAAAUCGUUCCCUUUUCUAACUCUAAGUGAUGUUUCAGAAGACUCUUUGAAUAUGCUUUUGGAGUAGUAAUAAAGAUCAGAAAGAGAUGUUUGUUUAUUUGUGUGGUUUUGGUCAUAUGAAGGGUUUUACGCUUGAGGAUGCUACUGGUCUAACUGUUAAUGGGGAUAUAGAUAUUGACUAUGUUUUUGCUGGCUCUCUCUCAAGCAACUGGCAGGCUCCAUCAAUACCUGAUGAAGAAUUGGUUGCCAAACACAUCAUGAAGUGUGACGAUGACACAUUUGUCCGCGUAGAUGCCUCUACGCCAGGGGAAAAAGAAGAACCAGAACAGAAUGGCCAAAGGAAGAGUAUCCACCUUUUGCCAAUGUUCCUCGUUCUUUAUGGUCCAGUUGUUCAAAAUGGAAGACGUGAGCAUGGGGAUGUGGGAACAGUUCAACAACAGCGCCAAGUCUGUGGAUUAUGUGCACAGGAUCAACUUCUGCCAGUUUGGUUGCAUAGAGAGGAUUACUUAAGGGCGCAUUACCAAUCACCUAGACAGAUGAUCUGCUUGUGGGACAAAUUGGUCUUGACAGGAAAACCUCAUUGAUGCAACUUGAGAUGACACAACAAGGCAUUGUUCUGUUUGGUUUAUGUUGUUGGUUGUGAGAGGAAGAAAACACAAUUCGGAUGAGAAGAGUUUUUGUUGUAUAUAUGUAGUCUUUUUUUACAAUUUGAACACCACUCAAGAUUGUCUCAAGAUGUUUUACAAGCCAACCAAAUAUUCUCAAAAUAUUUUAGCUUUCACUUAAAUUAUCUUUGGAGAUGCAAACUCUUGAGAGUUGGUGAAUGAAUACAAUGCUAUCUA